CCGGGAUGGAACCAAGUUAUUUGGGAUAGCUACAGUGAAUGUGACGGCGGACAGAGAUUAUCUGAAGCCAUCAAAAUCACCUUCAGAAUGUCGAAUAAUUAUCUACAAUGUCAAGACAAAGAAGACUGUUUUGUAAGUUUGUUGGGUGUUUGUGGACAGCCAUGUCAUAUAUGUUGUAGCGAAAUUCCCACCUUCGACUCCAUACGGAGGAUGAGCUUAUCUUACUCGGGCAAGCGUUUACUUAUGCCACCACGCCUGUUCCUAGUUUACCCUACCUCGCUUGUCCCAUUGCACACAUUCUACCUUCCAGAUGAGACGGAAUACCCAAUUGAUGGCCAGUUUGGAAUUCGGAGCUCUGCCCUCGUGGCAGAUGGGUCCGAGGAAGAUCAAAUCAUUAUUUGCGCUAACAAACGAGGGAAAGUUUUCAUAUGGCACCGGGAGUCGUAUCGCCUCCUGCACCCGUUCACAAUCUCGAUUCCUGGAAGCGCUGAAGUCAGUGGGGUGACUUAGGCUGUGAGCGCUUGGCGGACUACAGCUAUCUCAGGAUAGUAGCU